AUGGUCUCCUGGUCCGUGGAACUGUCAGAAUUUGGACUCCGCUACGAGCCGCGAGGGUCCGUCAAGGACGGAUCCUCCGGCAAAAAGGGGGGAGGAGCCGGUAUCAUUCUAGAAGGACCAGAUGGACUAGUUAUCGAGCAAGCCAUCACUUUCAAUUUCCCAGCUAGCAAUAAUCAGGCCGAAUACGAAGCCUUGAUUGCUGGCCUAUCCCUAGCCAGGGAGCUCGCGGUUGAUCGUUUAGAAUGUCAGAUGGACUCGAAGUUGGUGGUCGGCCACGUGAACGGAACCUAUAAAGUCAAAGAUAAUCAGCUAUUACGUUAUUUUCACAAGGCUCAAUCCUUACUACGAAAUUUCGUCGAGGUUAACGUCAUCCAUGUACCCAGAGAGCAAAACGCAAGAGCAGAUCUCUUGUCUAAGUUGGCUCAUUCCAAGGAGCGAGCACAGCUGUCCUCAAUCAUUAAGCUGACGCUCGACAGUCCUGUGGUGGAAGCGUUCGUCACCAAUCUAUCAACACCUACAACAGAUUGGCGCCAGCACAUUAAGGAUCUUAUGGAAAAACAAGACAAUGGAGACAGCAUUUCUGUGGUUGAUUCCAAGCGCAUUGCACGUUUUGUGUGUAUAGGUGACGACCUAUACCGUCGCGGCUAUGGCACUCCUCUGUUGAAGUGUAUUUCAGAGGAAGAGGCAAACUACGUACUGCGCGAGUUACACACCGGGAUAUGCGGGUUGCACUCUGGCAAACGGACCAUGAGGGCACGUGUGCUCCGCGCGGGAUAUUAUUGGCCUACACUCGACCACGACUGUGAAACAUUCAUAGAAGCCGAGCCAUUAUCCGUUAUCAGUGCCCAACGAGUACAGAAGUUCAUCUGGCGUCUCAUCUGUCGAUUCGGCCUCCCUAAGAAAAUCAUCACUGACAACGGUCGCCAAUUCGUUGAGCGUAAACUAGAAGAUUUCCUCAGCCAGUUAGGCAUCCAACAUGUCACCUCCUCCAUCGAACAUCCUCAAACUAACGGCCAAGCAGAGGCCGCGAACAAAGCCAUACUGACAGAGUUAAAGAAGCGACUUGGUGAAGCCAAAGGUCUGUGGCUGGAGGAACUACCAGAGGUUUUAUGGGCAUACUGA